AUCCACUGAUAAUUCAGCAGCUGAGGAACUCAGCAAAGCCUGCUCCAAACUUCUCAGCUGUUGACAGGCUUGACUUGCUGAGAACACUGGUUAAAUAUAGCACAAGCGAGCUGAGCUCAACAAAGUCAUUGCUGUAACACUGUGUGAAGAGACCAGAAGAGGGGAAAUACAAUCUGAGAACUAAACUGCCAAAGCCUAACACCACCUAGCAACAGUUGAAAAAACUUUUAAACAAAAGUCUGGGUGAGACACAGACGAAGUAUACCUCCUACUUCUCCUGCCUGGGAUUUCUGCAAGAAGCAGCUCCGGUCUUCUGUUCUCUACCUUGCUUCCUUCAUUACUUCAACUGCUGGUAGACCUAGAAAAGUGGACAAAGUUUCUAUCUUUGUGCUCUCCUGGGCUGGAUCAUUCUACUCCUGUGGUGGUGCUGUGGGACGGGCUACUGGAAUCUUACAGUGUAAAGGAUAUUCCUAGGUCCGUGUUGCUGACAGGGAGCAGCAGGGACCCCAGUCAGCCUCAGGGGAGCAGCAGAGCGAUGGCACAGGGACAUCUCUACCCUCGACUCCCUCUUCGCCCCUCCGGACCUAGCUUCUAGCGAAGCCCCUGCCCUGGAAGCAUCCCUCGACACAGGCAGGGAUGAGAUCCCGAAACCAAGGUGGAGAAAGCUCGUCUAACGGGCACUUCUCCAGCUCCAAGCCUGUCAUCAGCCAUGCAGAGAAUGAAAAACUUCAGGAGGAUGCCAAGAAAAAGAACAAACCUCAUCGGAAGGAAGAUGAGGUCAUGGUUUCAGCAACUGUCAAACGGCACUCAAAAUCACCUGGUCCUAGUGAGCGAAAGAACAAGAAGUCCAUAGAGCUUUCUAAAGAAGACUUGAUAAAACUACUCAGUAUAAUGGAAGGAGAAUUGCAGGCAAGGGAGGAUGUGAUCCACAUGCUGAAGACAGAGAAAACCAAACCGGAAGUUUUAGAAGCUCAUUAUGGGUCUGCAACUCCAGAGAAUGUGCUUCGAGUGCUACACAGGGAUGCCAUCCUUGCCCAAGAAAAGUCUAUAGGGGAAGACGUCUAUGAGAAACCAAUUUCAGAGCUGGACAGACUUGAAGAAAAGCAGAAAGAGACAUACCGGCGCAUGCUGGAACAGCUCCUGUUGGCAGAAAAGUGCCAUCGUCGCACAGUUUACGAGCUAGAAAAUGAGAAACAUAAGCAUACAGAUUACAUGAACAAGAGCGAUGACUUUACCAACCUCUUGGAACAGGAGCGGGAGAGAUUGAAGAAGCUUCUUGAGCAGGAGAAGAUCUAUCAAGCCCGGAAGGAGAAGGAGCAUACAAAGAGAAUCAAUAAACUAAGAGAAGAACUAGUCAAGCUCAAAUCAUUUGCACUCAUGCUGGUGGAUGAAAGACAAAUGCAUAUUGAACAACUUGGUCAACAAAGCCAGAAGAUACAGGACUUAACCCAAAAAUUAAAGGAAGAAGAAGAAAAGCUUAAAAUUAUUAGUGCAAAAACAAAAGAAGAUGGACAAAAACUGAUGAAAUUAGAGGCAGAACUUGAACACAAAACAGCAUCAUUUUGUCAAGAACAUGAGGAGAUGACUGCUAAACUGGCUAAUCAAGAGUCACAUAAUAGACAGCUGAGGCUCAAGCUAGUGGGGUUGACUCGCAGAAUAGAGGAGCUAGAAGAAACUAACAAAAAUCUUCAAAAAGCUGAGGAGGAACUUCAAGAACUAAGAGAUAAAAUAGCAAAAGGGGAAUGUGGGAACUCUAGUUUAAUGGCAGAAGUGGAAAACCUCCGCAAGCGCGUGCUUGAAAUGGAGGGGAAAGAUGAAGAGAUCACAAAAACCGAAUCCCAGUGCAAAGAGCUGAAAAAUAAACUGCAAGAGGAAGAGCACCAUAGCAAAGAGUUGAAACUUGAAGUGGAAAAACUGCAGAAAAGAAUGUCAGAGUUAGAGAAGCUGGAAGAGGCUUUCAGUAAAAGUAAGUCAGAAUGCACUCAGCUACACUUAAACUUGGAGAAAGAAAAAAAUUUGACUAAGGAUUUGAUAAAUGAGUUGGAAGUGGUAAAGACUCGAGUGAAGGACCUUGAGACAUCAGAAAGCAAGUUGGAAAAGGCUGAAAUAAGCUUAAAAGAUGACCUUACAAAGCUGAAGUCGUUUACUGUAAUGUUGGUUGAUGAGCGAAAAAAUAUGAUGGAAAAAAUAAAACAGGAGGAAAAAAAGGUUGAGGGCCUAAACAAGAAUUUUAAAGUUGAACAAGGGAAAGUUAUGGAUGUAACAGAGAAGUUGAUAGAAGAAAGUAAGAAAUUUCUGAAACUGAAAUCUGAAAUGGAGGAAAAAGUCUCUAGUUUGACAAAGGAAAGGGAUGAGUUAAUUGGCAAACUGCGAAGUGAAGAAGAAAAAUCCUCUGAAUUAAGGUGUAGAGUUGACCUGUUAAAGAAAAGAAUUGAUGGUAUGGAGGAAGUAGAAAGAGAAAUUACAAGAGGUCGAACCAGGAAAGGAGCAGAGCAUGGUUCUCAUGAGGACAACAAGAUUAAGGAACUUACCAUUGAAAUUGAAAGAUUGAAAAAACGUCUCAAGCAACUGGAAGUGGUUGAAGGAGAUUUGAUGAAGACUGAAGAUGAGUAUGAUCAGCUAGAGCAGAAAUUUAGGACUGAGCAGGAUAAAGCUAAUUUUCUUUCUCAACAGUUGGAGGAGAUGAAACUCCAGAUUGCCAAAACCAAAGCAAUAGAAAAAGGUGAGGUGGUGAGCCAGGAGGCAGAGCUGAGGCACAGGUUUCGUCUGGAAGAGGCCAAAAGCAGAGAUUUGAAAGCGGAAGUUCAAGCACUUAAGGAAAAAAUCCAUGAGCUCAUGAACAAAGAAGACCAGCUUUCUCAGCUCCAAGUUGAUUAUUCAGUUCUACAGCAAAGGUUUAUGGAAGAGGAAGACAAAAACAAGAGCAUGGGGCAGGAAGUUUUGAACCUGACAAGAGAGCUGGAGCUUUCUAAGCGUUACAGCCGUGCUCUGAGGCCCAGCAUGAAUGGGAGAAGAAUGGUUGAUGUUCCUGUGACGUCCACUGGUGUGCAGACAGAUGCUCUAAGCAAUGAAGCAGCAGAAGAAGAAACUCCAGCAGUGUUUAUAAGGAAAUCCUUCCAGGAGGAGAAUCAUAUCAUGAGCAAUCUGCGACAGGUAGGUCUGAAAAAACCCAUGGAGCGUUCUUCAGUGCUUGAGAGAUACCCUCCAGCAGCAAAUGAGCUUGCUAUGAGGAAAUCUUGGAUACCAUGGAUGAAGAAGAGGGAAGCUGGGGCUCAGACAACUCCUGAUAAAGGAGCCCGAACCCACAGUAGUCCAGCACAUCCUGGGGAGGUUGUCCUUUCACCAAAGCAGGGUCAACCUCUUCAUAUUCGGGUGACACCAGACCAUGAGAACAGUACAGCAACUUUGGAGAUAACCAGCCCGUCUGCAGAGGAAUUUUUUUCAAGUACCACUGUCAUUCCUACUUUGGGAAAUCAGAAGCCACGAAUAACCAUCAUUCCCUCUCCAAAUGUUAUGCCACAAAAAGGAAAAGGCAGUGACAGUCCCAUGGGCCCAGAUCGUUCCAUGUCUCCAGUCACUAUAACAACAUUCUCCAGGGAGAAGUCCCCAGAGGGAGGGAGAGCACCCUUCGCCGACAGACCUGCAUCACCAAUUCAGAUCAUGACAGUAUCGACAUCUGCAGCACCGGCAGAAAUCUCCGUCUCUCCGCAGUCACAAGAUAUGACCAUGGGAAGGGCUGUCUUCAAAGUCACACCAGAAAAGCAAACCGUCCCGACUCCAAUCCGCAAGUACAAUGCCAAUGCCAACAUUAUUACAACAGAAGACAACAAAAUCCACAUCCACUUGGGUUCCCAGUUUAAACGUUCUCCCAGUGCCUCACCCGACGGUGCGAGCCCUGUGAUAACAGUCCGACCGGUGAACAUCGCGGCAGAGAAGGAGGUUGUAACUGGUACCGUCCUUCGAUCGCCUCGGAACAACCUGUCCCCACGACCUGCAGCCAGCAAGGUGACGAGUACUAUCACCAUCACGCCUGUUACAACAUCUUCCACACGAGGAACACAAUCAGUGACAGGACAGGAUGGGUCAUCCCCUCGACCUACACCCACCCGCAUUCCUGUGUCAAAAGGUAUGAAAGCAGGAAAGCCAGUAGUGGCAGCCCCAGGAGCAGGAAAUGUGACAAAAUUCGAGCCUCGUGCCGAGACUCAGUCUAUGAAAAUAGAACUGAAGAAAUCUUCAGCCAGCAGCUCUGCCUCCCUGGGCGGGGGUCAGGGCUGAUGGCAGUGGCUCAGGGGAGAGUGUCAUCAUUCACCAGUUACGCGUGAACUCUAGAUGAGUUACCGCCCGCUAGAGCUCUCUGUGUGCACUACCCUCCAUGCCCGUGGAUGGAUCACUGUAGAAGCUCUCUGCCAUCAACACCAGGGUCACUUGUGCUACUGAUUAUUUGUGGAAGUAUUAGUGCUUCCAUUAGAUUUUAUAUUUUUUUUUCUUGGUAGAGCUUUAAAAACGAAUGGCCUUGCUGGUAUUUUUAAAAGUAUCUAAUCAGAGAGAGAGCAGCAGCUGAAUUUCACUUUUAUUUGCAAAGCCUAAGGCACGUGCUUGAUUUUGUUUGAUAUUUGCCAUAUAAUUUAUUUUUAUAAUACACUUUGUAAAGUAGCUGUCCCAAAGUUGCAAUUCCUGUUGCUUAUGGCACAUUUAUUUGUAGAAUACACUGUCAAAUUUGCAAUUUGAUAUUUUUGUAAUAGAGAGUAUGUGAAGAAAGAAAAAUGUAACUUCAGCAAUGUUUUCUGUUUAAAUGGAAAAGCAUUCAGUAGAUUUUUUGCCACCUUGAGAUUCUGUGAGACUAAAUAAUCUGAAGACUGCUGUAUGGAAUUUGUUGCAGAAUAUUUCUUGCACUGUGUGAUGUUUUGGCAUAAAAUUAAGUAUUAAAGUCCAAUGCCUUGAAAUACAACCAGAUUUACUCAUUUUAAACAAUGUCAGUUUUUAAAGCUGUGAUUUUUUUUCUAUAUAAAGUAUGUUUUUACUUCUGCCUGUACCAAAAAAAGUUGAUUUUCAUUACACUGUAACUAAUAAAUUUUCACAACUAUGCAAAUGUAA